GGGGUGAAAUUUCCUAGUAACUUAGAAUUGCGGCAUUCGGUCGAACACUCGUCGCUCUACCCCGUUAGCAAUGUUGGCCUGCUCCGUGGGUCCAUGCCCUCGACUCCAACGUCGGCUUCCGCCUCUGAGCUUGGCAAGACCAAGAGCUUGGAGCUUCCAUGUUCCUCUGAGGAUCCAUUGCGGCAUUCGACGAGCCGGCGCGAGGAAACCACUCUGGAGAGACAGGGUGAUGUCCACGGAAGCGAUCCAGGUGGUCCAGGCCCUUAAGUUCGCUAAGGCCUCCGCCUCCUCCUCGCCUCAUCGGUUAGACAACAUGAUCGAUGCACGAUUUGGGAGGCUUCUCAAGGCGGACCAAUUGGCUGUUCUCGACGAGCUCCAGCGACAGAACGAGUGGCAACUCGCCCUACAGGUUUUUGCAUUUGUUCGAAAGGAGCUCUGGUAUAAACCAGAUUCAGUAUUAUAUGGCAACCUGAUCUUCAUGUUGGGAAAGAAUAAGUUGAUUGAGCAAUGUGAAGACCUAUUUUCUGAGUUUCAAAAUGAGAAGUUGCAGCCAGAUACCCGUGUCUACACUGAAAUGAUAGGAGCCUUUCUACAAGUCAAUAUGGUGGAGAAAGCAAUGGAGAAAUACAAAUCAAUGAAGGAAUUGGGCACCAAUCCUGAUAAGUUGACAUUAACCAUUUUGAUCAGAAAUCUUGAAAAGGUUGGACUGCACGACCUUGCUUCUAAUGUGAGGAAGGACUGUGCUGAUUUUGUGGAGUACCCCGAGAAGUUUCUUGAAAAGGUUGACAAGAAUUAUCCAAAGAGAAAGUCACUCAAAAUUGUCUGAAAUCCGAGGAAAUAAUGUCCAGCACAGCAUAUUUGCUUAAUUAACGCUUAGAAUAUUCUAUUGGGGAGCAGGGGUUGCCAGCCACUGGGUGAUUCCUAUCCAAGCCUUCAAUUCUCCAGAUCAUAGGUGCUGCUUCGGCGCUUCUGCUUUGUCUAUCUACCGCGUUCAUUUUAGGCCACUUGCUGCCCCUUUCGGCUGGCGAAAAGCCGAGUAUAAAGCCGAGUAUAAUGAAACAUUAGAACUGAAACUUAUUUUGUGAGAAAUCAGAAAAUAAUUUCAACUAUUGUAUACCACUUUCCUUUUUGGUUCAUUUGAUGACAUGUGAAUCCAACAAUCUAUUUAGUUAGGUCAGUCGUUGGUCCUUCCUUGCUGGUCUGGCCUAACCGCCCCAUCCUCCAUGUAGUGUCAAUUGCUGGGCUUAAUAUAUACCUGCAAUUAAUCUUAUAAUAUUUAAACUGGUUGUGUUCUGGACUACU